AUGAAGUGCACUUCGGCUAUUGUGUUCUUACUAAACUUCUUUCUUGUGCAGUCCCAACUGCUGUGGAAUUUCUCACCAAGUUCCAAAGAAGUUUUUCAUGCUUACGUAAAUGAAAAAACUCAUAGUAUUCAAGUAUUUCCGUCUAUACAAGUGAAUCCUAUUGCUGAUUCUAAAUUGUGUUCAAUUGUUUUGCUACCAACUGAAAGAAACAAUGUACCUGAUUUCAUUACUGGUAAUGUUUUGGAUCAGGAUAAAGGAUACGGUUACUUAACGUUUAAUGGAUCCUUAUAUCAUGAAGCUGAAGCGGCUGGUAAUUUAGAGGCGAAAACAGGAUUUUAUCAUUUGAGAAUAUUAGCCAAAGACUGUUCUAAUCCACCAAAAUCUACAAUUUCAUGGCCAAUCACAUUUGAACAUAUUCGAUCAGAUGUACCAAUAUGGUCAAAGAGAAGAUAUCACUUUAACAUUGAUUCAUUACAUCGACCUGGUGAUAAAAUUGGUAAAGUCACCGCCUAUUCAUCAUCAUUAUCAACAUUGGACAAUUUAAACAACACUUAUAAUUCACCAAUUGGAGAUAAUACAGGCAUGUGCGCGUAUACAAUUCAAGAUAGUACUUAUUCCUUUGCUAUCAAUGGACAUGGUGUUAUUCGAUCAUUGAAAAGAUUUAAUAAUCAUACAGAUUCCGUUAUGAAUUCAAUGUGA